CGCGCAGAGUAACGCCCACCGCUGCAACAUUCAUCGCGGCGUUCCCGCUGUGGCUCUGGAGCGGGUCGCGGCGGGAGGCCGCACCCGGCCCGCGAGCUGGCAUGUUCGGCCAGCUCCUGUCCGGGCUCUUCGGCGGUGAGCCCGGCGGCGAUGCCUCGGCGCCCCCUCCCGCGGGGGAGGACCAGACCCCCCCGGCGAGCAGCGGCCCCGCAGGUAAAAAGGACAAGAAGAAGAAGGACAAGCCGGGCAGGACCGACUCUCGGCCAGGUGCCGACGCGGGUCCCUUGCUGAUAGGCGGUGAGUGGCAGUGCCCCGUGUGCACCCUCGUGAACGAGCCUGGGGCUUCGAGGUGCGUCGCCUGCGACACGGACCGCCCCGCCGAGUCCACGCCGCACGGAGGUGGUGGGACGCACGCGCAGCCGUUCCACCCUCCCACCGCAGAUGACCGCUUCGACAGCCGCGAUGAGCUGCCGCUCCCGCAGGGACCGCCGCAGCACACGCUUAGCCAGAACGACCUGCCGCCUAUGGACACGCAGAACGGCGGCCUCCUCCCGCCCCAGCACACGAUGACGGACGGCGCGGGAGGCGGCAGCCACGGCUACAUGCCCACCCUGCCGCCCGACCACUUCGACGGCAGGGAGCACGGCCGCCAGGGCAGCCGGCAGAGGGAAAAGGACGGG